UUAUCGUUGAUAACCCGCCUGGCAAAUGACAACAGCCGGCAGUUUUAGUUGAUCUGCCGUUGAGCGAGCGAGGUUCCAAAUCGAUGCAUGCGAUUCAAGUGCCCGCCGGAGGUUCGUCGCCUGCUGCUGCCUCCUACAUUCCCUGCGUGACCUUUGCCCCCGAUCAAAAUGAAACCUCAGUGACGGAGCAGCGGAUAGGAACGCUCGUGGCCGAGCGGACAGCCCAGCGACGCCUCUUCUACGGCAUCGAGGUGAUGGCCAGCGAUCCGAGUGGCCGGCCAACCUGCCUGGACUUCAAUCACUUCCUGCCGCUCCUGCCCACCUUCGUGAGCGUCGUCUGGCUGAGUCAGCGGUACUGGGACGUGCAGCCAGUGGGUCAGGUGGAGAGCCUUCAUCUGGCCCACCACCUAGCCACCCGCAUUCCUGUGCUGCCCCAUGUGUCCGCCUAUCGAAUGAGUCGGCAGCGACUGGAUCAGAUUUUGGCCCUCAACUUUAGCAGUCUUUUGGCCGUUCGAGGAGAUCAAGUUCACGAGGAUCAGGAUUUCUCGAUUAGCUACCCCAUGGUGGAGCACUCCAGACGGCAGAGAGGUGAAACUAUAUCAGUCUGUGUGGGUGGAUAUCCAGAGGGAUACACUAGUUUAGGCGACAUACCACAAAAUUCAGCUAAGAACAUGGAGUUUCUAAAAGCAAAGAUUGAUGCAGGAGCAGAUUGCAUUAUCACGCAAAUAUGCUACCGUCCCGAGGUCAUAGUGCAAUUUGUGAAGGACUGUCGAGCAGCUGGAAUCGCGGUGCCCAUUGUUGUGGGACUGAUGUCGCAUGAAUCCUUUCGCUCCUACUCAAUGAUCGAGCAAAUAGCCGGCGUCCAUCUGCCAGAUGAUUUGCGAGAGCAACUCGAUCAUCUGCAUAGUGCCCAUAUGAUGGAUAUGAAGUCUGACCAGGAUCUGAUAAGAAGGUUCUUUGUUAGCCUCACAGUCCGAACGGUUCGUCAUGUUUUGGAUGCCGAUGUGGGGAUUUGGGGCUUCCACUUCUUCACACUCAACCGCUUUAAGUCCGUCCAGGCUGUGCUGCAAGAACUUCGAGAUCUGGAUUUGUUAAAGGAUGCUGAAAAGGAUACGAAAGGCUACGAAAAGUGAUAAUUUGUCAGAAGCUAAUAAAAUUAAUUUGCAAAAUA